AUGACACGGUGGCAGGAUAUGGCUACGCUCAAGGGGAGAUUGGAAGUAUCACCCCUGAAGUCAUGGACAUGGGAGAACAAGGGGUCUGAUCAAAGAAGACAGUACUAUCAUGAUCAUCUUAGCGGAGGACUUACAAGGGAUGCACGAGACUACCUCCAAGCAUGCUCCUACGGAGACACAGGACCUGUCAAGGUCAAGGGAGCAGCUACAUCAACUUCACAGAGAGCGUUGGAUGAGAAUCGAAGACCUCGUCAUGUCAAGCCUAUGACUCUUUCUCAGGGAACCCUCAAGAACAAGCUUGACCAUCUAUACCAAUCUCUUAUCACCUCCGUUUGUUCUCUGUAUCCUGAUCAGUGA